CAUCCUUCCACAAAUGCGAAGUUAUUCGUGGGGAAUCAAACAGCAGCGAGAAACGUGCAAUUACUAGAAGCCGAGAGCAUUUAUCGAAUAGUAAACUGCCAGGAACUGACGUCGUGCAACUUCUUUGAGGGUGAUGCCCGGUUCCAGUACCGACGUUUCCCGGUGAGUCGAUGGCGGACAGAAGUGAACACAGACGAGGACAUCCUCCGAUUCUUCGAGGAGGGCUGCCACGCCUGGAUCGCCGCAAAUCUAGAUGAAGGCAGGAACGUUUUGAUACAUUGCCUCGCGGGCGCGCACCGGGCGGGGACGACGGGCGUCAGCUUCAUGAUGCGCGAAGGGCGGUAUAACGCCGACACGGCCAUCCGGUUGGCCAAGGCCCUGCGGCCCGUGAUUGACCCCUUCGGGUCGCUGCUCGAGUUGCUCGAGCGGCUCGAGCGCGCCUACGCGGCUUCCGGCCGGGCCGCGCUGUCGCCGACGAGCUGGGAGCAUGAAGUGUCUGAAUCGUAAGUUCUUUUUUGUGUGAGUUCUUCGUCGCGGCGACGGCGUGCCCCUUGCCGUUCGAGGCGUGGCAUUCGGUGGAGGCGUGUGGCGAGAGGACUUGUAUUGCUAGCCCUAGUAGCACGGACCCGGAGCGCUUUCGCCAGGCGCAGACACGGUGCAGGCGCUUACCCUAGCCCCCUACGACGAAGCGCGCCAGGAAUCGCGCGCAGGAGGCUUGGGCCCGGUAGCGCACCGGAACUCAUACGACGUCGGCUCAGAACGGCCACACGCGCGAUCGAAAACACCGACACGCGCAGAUAGCUCAACGUAUAGGUCAACAAUUUUUGCGCACUAGCGGCCUGAAAGAUACUAGCAAGCAGACCAUCCUCCGAGAUCCUGCUCCGCGGGCCUAAACGACGUGCUACGCGAACCACUGACAGUCAGAUUACUGGGAGCAGUGACGCCCAUCGUAUUCUCGAGUGUAGCCAAGUCUCACGUGCGACGCUGAGGCAGCGCGCCCAAACGAGCGCCCACAGUGCACAGCACCAAAAACAAAUAAGAUGGCCGACAAGCGCGCCUACUGUCUAGGCGUCGACGCGCGAGCCACACGAGGCCCCGCCGGUGCGACGGUCAAGCGCUGCGCAUGUGAAGUCGCGCAGUACAUGCUGUUCGGCCGCGCGAACGCCCCGGCGAAGACGACGGAGGCGUCGGUCUACGCCUUUAAUUGCAAGGAAUCGGACAACGACUUACAUACCGACGAUAACGAACUUGGAUUAAAUGUCGUCAAGCUAUUGAGGAUGGAAAAAACCGGGGCGCCCGGGAUUAUCAAAACCGUAUCUUCUGAAGAAUGGCCCAUGCAUGAUGACGAUUGCGCUGGCAUUGUCGAUUGCGUCGGGGCCAUGGUCGCCGAGGCCCAGAAACGAAUUGGUACGAAAAAGGUAAAUAAGCGGGUGGUGCUCAUAACAGACGAUUCUUCCUGUGCGCUGUGGACGACUGACGAGGACGCAGCACGGGCGAAGGACGACUUCAAGGGCAUGGUCGAGCGGCUCGUGUCGCAAGUUUCUUUUGGGCUAUGUGUGGUCAUCGUCGAGACGGAUCAAGAAAAAACUCCAGAGGCGUUGGAGGGCGCCAAGCUCCUCAAGAAGGCUUGUGGGGUGGCGACGAAGAAGGGCCCCGUGUCGGGCUUCUUUGUUAAAGGUAGUGCUGAUGAUAUAGCACUACUCACGCAGGAGGCGUGCGGGCGAUUGGAGGCGUGCAAGGUUCGUAUACAAAAACCGAUGGAACUCAAAUUAGCGCCCGGAUUGACGUGUUAUGUCACUUCACAACCAUUAGCAGAGGAGUCGAAACAACUAGCAUUGAAACAACAAACAAGGGAGGCGGGAAAUACCAUAGCAACCACGAGGGAAUAUGUCCGAACGGAUAAAGAUGACGCGGACCCCUUUGAUGCGGAUGAAUUAGUAAAAGCCUACUACUACGGCGGCGAGUACGUCCAGUGCCCGCCCGACGUUUUGAAACACGCGAAUGAGGACGACGACGAGUACGGCGCCGUCGUGCUCGGGUGCUACGACGAAGCGUUAGGCUCGCCUUGGUCCUGUGGUGAUGCGGGCGGCGCGUCGGGAAAUCGAGCUCAGUUGCUGAGGGCUACUGGUGAGAGAAAUAAGGUGCUACUGGCGGCCUUUGCGAGAAGUUUGAGGGACCAGAAGCAGGUCGCUGUUAUAUCGUUCAAGCUUACUAAAAAAAGUGCAAAUUGGCGCCUGGCGUGUCUCCAACCGGCGCUCGAAGCGUCUGCGUUAGUACUCACUCCUCUACCUUAUCAAGACGACGUGAAGCCGACGCCUCGCAUUAGGCAAGCGGACAUCCCAGAAGACCUCCAAUCUGCAGUUGAUCGGUGGUGCGACGCCCACACGUUGAGUACGAAGGACGUUUCUAAGAUAAGACGGUGCGACGAUCCAGUAGUGUUGAACUUACAAGAUUUAGCUUGUGUGAGAGCCGUAGAGGGUGAUGAUGAGGCCUUCCAGGCGAGGAAGAAGGCUCGGUUUGAGAGAUUGAAGGCGCCGGUGGCCGACGAGGCCGACGAGCAUUGGCGUCAUACGCUGAAGGCCUGGCGCGAGAAAUCCGAGAAGUCGAGCCGAGAGCAACCGGGGCCCACGCAGCCUUCAUUGAACCAAGCCGACGACAUCGAGAUGAACGUCGAAGAGGUGCCGGCGCCUCCAGUACAACGAGCGGAGGUGACAUUACGGAAGCGCCACGCUUUACAAGAUUUCGACGCGCACUGGGCGGUGGCCGACGACGAUGCGAGGCGUAGUGUUUUGAGGGAGGACCUGCGCGCGGUGAUCCUCGCGUUGGCUCGCGACGCGGAGGUGAGCGACGCCUAUGUCAGAGAGGGCCUGGGGUGUUUGAACAGGUUGCGCGCCGUCUGCGGUCCGUGCCUGCGUCCUUCUUUUUAA